GUCGGUCAAUUUUCACCAGACGAAGGAAAAAUGUGAACUUAACACCGAAUCGGAGCUUACCGUGAAUCGGAGCAACUUCAAAACAUUCCAAGAAGUUGUCUACGUCGACGCUAUGGAGAUGGGAGAUAUAAAGGGGUACCUGGGCAGCUGUAUGGACCACACCUGUCCUGCUGGGACAAUCUGUGUGUCGGCACCAAGUGGUACCAUGGCACGAUACUCCUGUCUACAACAGGAUAACUGUAGUAUUGCCAUGUUCUGCCCUGCAACAUCCGACAUAUGUGUCUGUCCAAUGUACCUAGUGAACGGACAAGAGCCUGUAUCUAAUGCCCAAAUUACAGCCUCGUCUUUUUUUGCGUCUUCAUAUGUCCCUUCAAAUGCCAGACUAAAUGCCGUAACGACUGAAACGAAAUGUGGGGGAUGGGCUGCAAUAAACAAUGACGAACAUCAAUACAUACAGGUGCAGUUCAAUGGUCUAAACAAUGUGGUAGGCGUGGCCUUACAAGGUCGACACGAUUACGACCAGUUUGUGACCGCGUACAAAGUCUUCUACAGUGGUGACUGCGUUGACUUUUCCACUAUUUUGGACACCAAUGGCAAUGAUAUGGUAUUUAACGGAAACACGGACAAGGAUACGAUUGUUACAUCGAUGUUGCCCAGUGACGUGACCGCUCUCUGCGUCAGACUCAACCCUGUCAAGUGGAAUGAACAUAUAAGCCUGAGGUUCGAUAUUCUCGGAUGUCCGAUAAGAAAGCUGAACUGAAAAGAAACAAGUUCAUGUUGUAUGCUUGCAAACCAUGUAUUACUUUUUUUCAA